GAUAAUUUUUCUAAUGAUGUUCAUAGUGAUGUUAAUGAGGAUAAUUUUUCUAAUGAUGUUCAUAGUGAUGUUAAUGAGGAUAAUUUUUCUAAUGAUGUUCAUAAUGAUGUUAAUGAGGAUAAUUUUUCUAAUGAUGUUCAUAGUGAUGUUAAUGAGGAUAAUGUUGUUAAUGAUGUUAAUAUGGAUAUUAAUGAGGAUAAUGUUGUUAAUGAUGUUCAUGAUGUUUAUGAAGCGGUUGAAUCUGAAGAUGAAAAUUACUUUGGUUUAGGGGGCGCUGGUGAGGAGAGCGAUGAUAAUGAUGAUAAUGAUUCAGUUGGUUCAUUAGCAGAAAUGAUAGUUGAUGAACCUGGUGGAACAAAACAUGAUGAUGUUGCUCGUACUAUGUUUAAUGGUCCCAGUACAAGUCAUCAUCGUCGUCAUAAAAGAAAGCGUUCUGAUGAUAAUGAUGAGUUAUGGUUUGGGGAAGAACAACCGGUUAAUCUAAUUAAUCAAGAUAAUGAGAUCCCUGAAGAAGUUUUAUACAAAAAUCCAUUUUUAGGUUAUGAUCCUUGGUCAUCUUCUUAUAAUUGA